AUGCUCACGAACAAUGCGACAACAUGUUCGGACUCGUUUAUAGAAAGGGAAAUCAAGGACAGCUACAAUGUUCCUGGGCCCAAACCUCAGCACCAUCUUUCGCGCUCAGAAGUGAAGGAGUACUUCAAGACUCGUUUCACCACGCUGUUCCCCACGAAAACAGUUCUUAAAGAAAAUUACAAAAAGUAUCCUUCGAACCCGUUUCCAGCAUUGGCAUGCAUGAAUUGCCAGCAUGUGCAGUUCUUCAUUGUGGGGCUUCUGGCCUGGACCUGGGACGCCCUGGACUUCUUUGCAGUGUCCUUAAACAUGGCCGAAAUCGCUGAAGACCUUGACAAGCCCAUAAAAGAUAUCACACAUGCCAUAACGCUGGUCCUCCUGCUCAGGGUCGUCGGGGCCGUGAUCUUUGGAUACAUAGGCGACAGGUUCGGCAGAAAAGUGCCAUAUUGCAUCUCAAUGGCGCUCAUAGUAGUGAUACAGAUUGCAACCGGCUUUGUGAAGACGUUCCCGGCGUUUCUUGGCUGUCGAGCAGUCUUUGGUAUAGUCAUGGGGUCCAUCUUUGGUGUCGCUAGCGCCACGUCCCUGGAAAAUGCGCCAGACGAGGCCAAGUCCAUUUUGUCUGGUAUUUUCCAAGAGGGCUACGCUCUUGGAUAUCUCUUGGGAGUGGUAUUCAAGCGGGCCAUCGUGGACAAUUCGUCUCAUGGCUGGAGGUCCUUUUUCUGGUUCAGUGCUGGCCCACCAGUGCUGUUCAUCGUUUGGAGGAUGUUACUGCCGGAAUCAAAAGCAUUCACCGACCGUAAAGUUCUGGCAACCGCUACCGAGCUCACUGAUGAUCAGAAAGUCAGUAUCUCUAAGCCAUCCGACAGAUUUUGGUCCAAUGCCAGGGCUGCAGUUGCUCAACAUUGGAUAACAUUGCUGUACCUUGUUCUUUUGAUGGCGAUGUUCAACUUUUCGUCACACGGAUCCCAGGACCUGUUUCCAACCAUGCUCUCUAAGCAAUACAACUAUUCUGAAGACGCCUCUACUGUAACCAAUUCUGUCGCCAACAUUGGCGCACUGGUUGGUGGAAUCGUCGUUGCGCAUGCUUCGACUUUCAUAGGACGCAGAUGCGCCAUUUUCCUGUGCUGCUUAGGCGGAGGCGCCCUGCUCUAUCCAUGGGGAUUUGUAUCAAACCCUCGAGGGCUCAAUCCAGCUGUCUUCUUUCUGCAGUUCUUUGUCCAAGGCGCCUGGGGUGUAGUGCCAAUUCAUUUGACCGAGCUAUCACCAGUCGAGUUCCGGGCCUUUGUGACAGGCGUAGCGUAUCAACUGGGUAAUAUGAUCAGUAGUGCAUCGUCAACAAUCGAAGCUACCAUAGGAGAACGUUUCCCCAUCGAUGGAAAGGAAGGCGUUUAUGAUUACGGCAAAGUUAUGUGCAUCUUCAUGGGAUGUGUAUUUGCUGGUUUACUUGUCACAACAGUGUUGGGGCCAGAAAAUAAAGGCGGGGAAGUUGUUGUUGAUGGGCGAAUUCUAGAUGCUCGUGGUUCUCUCGAGAGACAUAACGACGACAUUGAGGAUUUGGAUCGUCGCCAAUCAUUGGAUUCGAGAUCAGCGUUCAAACCCAACUUCGAAUACGUAGCCAGGGUGAAUGCAACAAGCAACCACGCCAGUGUAUAA